GUCUACCUAUGCUGAGCAGAGCAAAUUCAAGCAAGAGAAAAAAAAGAGUUCUCAAAAAAUAUUUCCCUUUCAGAGACAACACUCAAAUUUUGAUAUGAAUAUGGGAGAUGAAAUCACUGUACACCAAGUUGAAAUCCCCAUUGAAGAAUUGAGUGCAGCUCUAAGAGAACAACUAGUAAUUGGAAAGAUGGGAGAAUGUCGCUAUUGUCAUGAGGAAGAAUGGAUCUAUAGACUUGAAGCACCAUGUAGAUGUGAUGGCAGCUUAAAGUAUGCUCACAGGAGAUGUAUUUCCCAUUGGUGCAACGUCAAACGCAGCAUAAGAUGUGAGAUCUGCCGUGAGGUUUUCUCUCCAAACUUUGCAGUGACUGAACCACCUCCUCUUGAUGAAGAUGACAUUCCCGUCAGUGAUCGCUGGACGAUCCCUAACACAAACAUUGGAAUGGUGUCGCCACUGCGACUAAUUGAGCGUGGCAAUAAUCACCUUAUCCGGUCGAUGGUACUUAACACUGCUGGUGGCGUCAUUUUUGGGACGCUGCUUCUCAUGUUCCUUGCAUCAAUGAUUAUAAGGGAUGCAUAUUACCUUACACCACCCAAGGAGGAUAUGUGUUCUCGCAUUAUGUAUCUUGCUGUGGUGUUUAUUACUGUGCCCUUGUAUGUUUUCUACUGGAUUUUGGCUUGCAGAGGCCAACAAGAGCUCGACCGCAUCGACAGGGAGAGGGAGAGGGAGAUGGAGAGAGAGAGGGAGAUGUGAAGGAGUCUCUCUGGACAGUUUCCUCCUUUAUAAAUAAGCAUGCAACAAUUGCAGGGGAAAUAAGAAAUGGAAUCUAUCAUCAACCAAAAAAAUGCAAUCGUCAUCAACAAAAAAAAAUGAAAAAUCAACAAAAAAAUUCCAUCUAUUGGUAUUGCUGAGGAGUAAGAAAUGCAAUCUAUUAUCAA